UGGAGCUCGAGGAGAGAACAUUCACGCGCGCAAACAGAGAGAUAGAGAGCAGCGCGCAGUUAGCGCACCGUGACCGGGAUGAAUAAUUUAUAAUUCUGUUGAAUUAAACCAAAAAUGGGGAGCCCUGAUAUUUCUUGGAGGAAUGAUUUAAGCUACAGAUUAGAGUCGAGUCCUGAAUUCUACGGUUUACCCCCUCUGACCAAGAAACCUGAGAUCUCCUGUGUAAAACAUGAACCUGGACUACCGGAGGAUAUCAGGGGGAUCCAGAAGGUUCCUAGUCUCAGUGACCUCUCAGAGACAGACAGUGGGAUUGACCAGGGAGGUCUUGGCAACUUCCAAACCUCUCCCUUCACUCCAAGUACAAAUAAGAACUUUGGAGAUGUGUUGAAGACGACCUAUGUAACCUGGGAUAAGGAUAGUGAGAGGUUAGGUAUACCUCGAGAUCCUAGGCUAUGGAGCCAGGAUCAUGUGUCUCAUUGGCUCUCCUGGGCUAUCAGAGAAUUCUCCUUACAAGGUCCACAUAUUGAUACAUUUGUAACAAGUCUAAGUAUGAGUGGUAGACAAGUUUGUUCAAUGUCUAAAGAAGAAUUUAUCUCCAGAGCUCCUCCGUUCAUGGGAGAUAUACUCUGGGCACACCUAGAGAUACUACAGAAGGAUGUGGAAAAGGAAAAUGCCAAGGUUGAGAAUGCUCCGACAAACUUCUCCGAACCCUACCAUGUACCUGAUCAGACCCACAGAACCUACACUCAGCUCAAUCCUAUCUCACCUUUGGGUCAACUUCCAACCUCAAACUCUUACUUAAACUCAAGGAUCGAUUACUCCCAGCCUAAUCCAACAGAUACUACUCAGUAUGGGAGUUAUCCUGCUCCUCAGGUCAAACCUCCUCCUCCUCCAAGGGUACCUGUUUACGGUCAGUAUGACGGGUAUGGAUACCCGCAUACAUACCAGCCAGAGCAUUGGGGUCAACAUGAUCUCUACCAGACUUCUUUACCUAUGCAUCAUCAUCCAGCCUUUCUCCAGAGAGAGGUUUCACCAUCUCCAGGCUCAGAUAACACUAGAUCUCUUCUACCAAACUCCAUUCUCACACAGUCCCCAGGAGGUCCUUGUUUUACAGGUUCAGGUCCAAUACAGUUAUGGCAGUUCCUCUUGGAACUCUUGACAGAUAAGACGUGUCAGAGCUUCAUAGCUUGGACAGGGGAUGGAUGGGAGUUUAAGAUGAUAGAUCCUGAUGAGGUAGCCAGAAGAUGGGGAAUCAGAAAGAAUAAACCAAAGAUGAACUAUGAGAAAUUAUCCCGAGGACUUCGAUAUUAUUAUGAUAAAAACAUUAUUCUAAAAACUGCCGGUAAACGGUAUGUUUACAGGUUUGUCUGUGAUAUCCAAGGACUCCUUGGUUACUCUGCUGAGGAAGUUCACGCUAUGGUUGAUUUUAAACCAGAAAAUCACAAGGAGGGUUGUGAGUAGGCGUGAAGAGUUUGAGAUUAUAACAAUCAAAACCAACCAGGGAUUCAAUAUAUUUCUAAGAUUUGGGACCUGAACCAAAUCCAAGCCUUAAAAUUUGCAUUUAUAAAAGAUCUUCUGUAUUGUACAUAUGUAAACAAUUCAAACACGUUAGUUUACAGGUCAAAUAACACGUGUCAUGUAUUUAAUUAUUUAUAAAAAGAUUCUUACUUAUUUUCCGUGUAUAAAAGCUUGCUCAAGUUAUAUUUUCUUACUUUUUACUUCAUGUUUACGUACCUGUCUUUUGUACUGCCAGCCAGUACGAUAGUUACGCCAGCGAAUUACUUGUAGUCAAAUAAAUUAAAAAAAGGUCAUCUGUCGAACAAAAAUACACAUUCGCUUUUUUGUUUUCCCCGCCAUAAGUAUAUUUGCCAGGUGCCAAAACAUCCAUUUUUUUAUUUUUUUUUUUUGACUGGAUUGAACCUUUCAAUCUUGCAGCUAACCAACCAAAUUUGUACAUACAUACAUACAUAUUUUGUUAAUCCUAGCGUUGCCAUGAAUGGGGUGUACAGUGUACUGUACACUGUACAUCCAGCAUCUCUAGUUUAGGUACUGUACAAUGUACAGUAUUAUAUUUUCUUAACUACUACGUUGAAAUACAUUUGUUGAUGAAUAAAGUUUUUGGUUUA